UUUUUCUCUCCCAACAGUCACUCACUCCACUACGCCAGCAGUAGAUCCCGCGAGAACGACCGUUGCACAUUGCGUCCACCACACUUCACACACGCUCUCCCAAAAAACGCAUCGGUUCUGUUCUUCAUUCUCUCUCUCCCUCUCCCCCGCCUGCAUUCUUUUCUUAGCCUACUCGCAGCACGUUUCCUCUGCCGAAAAGUUGUCGUAAUACAGCUGCACUUUAACCAGUGGCAGCCUCGUUCUCGGAGAAUAAAAAACAGCUGAGCCAGGUCGACGACGACGACGACGACGAUGUCGCAGCAGUCGGUCACGGCGUAUUUCCACACGAGGAAGCGCCGGGCCAGCGAGGAACUCCGAGCCAAGUCGAAGGUUCUAAUCCUCGACGACAAUGAUAGAAGGCAAGUCCUCGACCUGAUCCCAGAGGACAAUUCCACCAGGUCAUCCGAGCAUCAGACUCAACCAGUCAAGAGCAAUAAGAGCAAAAUGGAAACAAAGAAAGACAUGGUGGCAAGAAAUUUGCAAUUCGACUUGAGCUCCAAAUCAUCAAAAUCAACCUCUAGAUCAAGAGCAACAAGGGCCAAUGCAAAGAAAACCAUUGUACUUGAGGAUGGCCAGACUGACAUUCGUGAAACUCUGCUAAAGGUCAAUAAGGAAAUUGAAGAAGAUAAGAAAGUUGUGUUUGAGAAAUUAGGAUGUUUGAGCCCUAAAAAAUCAACGAAAAAACGUGUAACUAAGACUGUUAAACCUAGCCAAGCUGAAGAGAAGAUUCAGGAGCCUGCCUAUUUCAAGACUCCCACUAAAGAGUCACCAAUGAAAAACAAAGACAUGAGUUUGGAUGAAAUAAAAGCCAAGAUAACUACUAGCUCAAGAAUUGCUGAGCUCAGAGCCAGGAUUAAUAAGUUCAAGAGCUGUGAAGAUAAGUUAGAGAAACUAAAUCAAAUGCAGCAAGACAGGAAAGAGCAAGCAAAGAAAAACGAAGAAAGAGUGAAAAUUAAGGAGUUUGAACGUAUACAGCUUGAAAUUCCAGUGAGUCCUCAAAAAUCUCUUCAAUCGCCCAACAAGUUCUUCAGUCCUACCAAGACAAUUCAGCUCUCGCCUAAAGCCAGUCCGGCACGUCGUCUGCUUUUUGAGCCUAAAGAAGCUCCUGCCAGUCCAGUCAAGGGUAGUCCCACUAAAACGCCAGCUUAUCAAAAAUACCAGUCUUUGGUGGAUACAGGAGGAAAAGCUCUCGCUUUGCCCUACAAAUACCGAUUCUUGGCAGAAGUAUUCCGUAGCAUUGAUACCAUUGCUGCGAUGUUAUACAACCGCAAGGAAAAUGUUACGUUCUCGAAACUCAGGCCUGCCGUUCAAGAAUUGGUGCGGCGUGACUUUACACUCGAGCAUCUGGCUCAGAUCAAAACCAUUUACCCAGAUGCUUUCAACUUCCAACAAACAAAAAUGCGUGGCUUUGGUGUGAAUAAUACCGAAAAGUACGAGCUUGUAAUUACUCCGUUCGCCGAACUCGAAAAGGAGAAGAGUGGCAGGAACACCCCAGAUGCAGAUAACGUUUUGAAAUCCGCCCAAGAAACCAUCAUGGGACCAAACGUCGUGUUGGAACGUAAACGCAAGUUCUACAACGCUCUACUAGAUAUUGUGAAAGACGAGCACGAGAAGUUCCUACGAAGUCUUGACCCACCCAUGGUCAUACCCAAAGACAAGAUUACCAGGUGGCAUCCAGAGUUCGAUAUCGAGGCUUGUAAAGAUAUCGAGAAGUCGGAAUUACCUAAGCCACCGACUCGAGAAAAGCUUGCGACUGCCAAAGACGUGCUGGAAAAGGCAAAUAUAAUGUUCAAUAACAGUUCGCGUAUGCAGAAAGCUAUUGAAAUGCUAGCGGAUAAUCGGGCGAAGAUGGACAAUGCUACGAUUACUAAUACAGAAUUGCCAGGAACGACAGAGCCCUUACGAAACGUGGACAUCUCAAUUGUGGACACACCACCUGCCACCCCCAAGACGAUAAAGCCUUCUACAAAUCCACUUCUGAAAGGAAUACCACUCUCCUUGCUUGAGAAAGUACGAGCGAAACAAGCGGCCAAAGCCAUGGAGAUGAUGACCCGUUCGACGGACCAGAGUAAGGAAGCGGUUAUGUACACCAGACUACCAGAAAUGGCGAAGAUUUUACGAAAUAUUUUCGUCUCUGAGAAGAAAGGCGUACUACCUCUUGAAUUCGCCGUGAAAAAACUCGACGACUCGUACAGAACGAAACUCACCUUAAACGAGCUCGAAGAGCACAUAAGGCUAAUGAGCAAACUCCUACCUCUCUGGGCGACGAUACCCGUCGUGCGGAAAGUUGAAUAUUUGAAACUCGCCAGGGACUUCGACAUGACUAAGGUCAUAAAAAGACUGGAGGUGCUGGCUGAUGAAAAAGUAUGAUUAUCGAGCGCGAGAACCUAGGACUUAAGUAUGAUAGUUUGAUAAAAAAGGUGUAUCUUACGGGAUUUCGAUUGACUUUUAGAACUGCGAGUUAUUUUACAGACUGUAGUGAUUUAUUGUUGGUACUGAAGCUAUGUCGUUUUUACUAGAUGAGUCGUCUCGUUUUUACAAUAAUCUAUUUUCAUAUCGCAGCUUUUUUCACAUCUGUUUAUCAUUAGCUUUCGUUUAGAAUAAAGAUUUUUUUCAAGCUUAUAAAAGGAUUUUUCAUUUGAUUUCGCAUUGUCACGGUUAAACGUGAAAUUUGUCUACUUUUAUUUUUUUAGAUUACGAAAUAAAUAUUAGGCGCAAAGAAUGCUGCGACUGCAUUUAAAACAAAAAUAGUUUAUUGUAAAACUCUAAUUUUCGCUAAUAUGUAUUCAAGUCUACGACCGUAUAUUAUACUAAAUAAAAUACACCACAAUAACUAACAGUUCUUGAACAUGCCGUAAGAUGUACUUUUUCUCAUCAAAGGAGCGUGAUAGGAAUUUCGGCAAUAAUAAUUAUUUUUAUAUAUAAGACUUAACUAUACUAUAUAUUUACAUAUUUUUUUGUAUAAUGUAAAAAUGCGUAUAAUACUAAUGUACUGCAAAAUUGCAGAUGAACUUUGGGAAUGAAUGUUCGCGACUAUGAAAAGUAUGACUUUGUAUUCAAUUUUUUACCAGUAUAUAGUAUAGUUUGCACACAUGUAUAGCCAACGAUCUUUUAUAUAAUAAGAGUAUGCAAUAAACGUGUAUAAAAUGGGAUCAUAUUUUGCAGUUACUAUGGACAAAAGGUUUUGAUAAAUAUGCUGAUUAUAUUAAUAAUAAUCAAAAUUUUUAUUGUAAAAAAGUUACUAAAAAAUCUCUGUAACAAUAGUUUGUGGACCACAUAUAUACAUGUAAUACAGAAUUAAAUAAUUUCUUAUAAUUAGUUCGAUAUUCGAGGCGAGAAUUAAUAAUGCUAUGCAACUAUGUUACGCAGCAUUGAUAUUCGAUUUUUGCAAAACGUAAACGAUCAUAGAAAAUCGCUUUUGCCAUUCAUCCAAAGUAGCUCCAUAAACAGUCUUGUCGCAGAAUAUCUUGGAGACUACCUCACGCACAGUUUGGUUGGACCUAAAACAAAUACAGUGCAAAUACAAUUUAGUUAAA